GCUGCCCAGCCGCGCCGCCUGGGGCCCUGUCCCUGACCCGGCCAUCGUGAGCGGGAGACGCCGGGCCCGCGCGCGACGCUCCGCCUCCCCCCGUGCCGGGGCCCCCGAGUAGGCAGCGGCGCGGGCAGCUAGGCGGGGCCUCAGGCGGGCGAGGCGCCGGCAGCUACGCGGGCAGCUGCGGGGCCGGAGCCUCUCUCGGACGGGGGAGGCGGCGGCGAUGCUGUGGCCUCGGCUGGCGGCGGCUGAAUGGGUGGCGCUGGCCUGGGAGCUGCUGGGCGCCUCGGUGUUGCUCAUUGCCGUGCGCUGGCUGGUGAGGCGACUGGAAAAGCGGCCGCGGGGCCUGGGCGGGAGCGGGACGCCUGCCCCGCCUCCCCACGCGGCUACGGGACCCCUCUCCGGUGAUGUGACAAUGGAUGCUGUGUUGGCUAAGUUGAAACUCCUGAAUCCAGAUGACCUUAGAGAAGAAAUUGUCAAAGCUGGAUUGAAAUGUGGACCCAUUACAUCAACCACGAGGUUCAUUUUUGAGAAGAAAUUGGCUCGAGCUUUACUAGAACAAGGUGGAACAUUGCCUUUGUGUCUUUCCAGCCACAGUGAAGCAACAUCCCCAGCAUUCAGCCAGAGUGUACCAAGGGUCUCCACUUGUGCCAGAGGGAAUCCAGCUGAACAGACCAAAUUUUCUGAAGAUAGAGAUUUUGGUUACAAUGUGGGCUUGAACCCUCCAGAGGAAGAAGCUAUACCAUCUAAGGCCUGUCUGUUGCCUUUCAGUCCUUCUGUGGGGAUUGACACCCACAAGACUGGAGUGACAACCUCUAAGGAGCCAGCCCUGUACUAUGGAGUGUGUCCGGUGUAUGAGGAUGGUCCUAUGAGAAGUGAAAGGAUCCAUGUUUAUGAAGACAAAAAAGAAGCAUUGCAAGCUGUCAAAAUGAUUAAAGGGUCCCGAUUUAAAGCUUUUCCAACCAGAGAAGAUGCUGAGAAAUUUGCUAGAGGAAUUUGUGAUUAUUUCCCAUCUCCAAGCAAAGCUGUGCCACCGCUCUCUCCUGUGAAGAUAGCACCACUCUUUGGCAGUGUUGGGUUGAAAGAUGGAUUGUGCUUAUCUGAACUGGAAACAGUAAACAAAGAGCGAGCAAAUAGUUAUAAAAACCCCCGUACACAGGACCUCACUGCCAAGCUGAGGAAAGCUGUAGAGAAGGGAGAGGAAGACACCUUUUUGGAUCUUAUCUGGAGUAACCCCCGAUAUCUAAUUGGUUCCGGGGACAACCCAACCAUUGUACAGGAAGGAUGUAGGUACAAUGUCAUGCAUGUUGCUGCUAGAGAGAAUCAGGCUUCCAUGUGCCAGCUGACACUAGAGACUCUGGAGAACCCUGUGUUCAUGAGGCUGAUGUACCCAGAUGAUGACUCGGGCAUGCUGCAGAAGCGUAUCCACUACAUUGUUGACCUAUAUUUGAACACUCCUGACAAAGUGGGCUAUGAUACCCCAUUGCAUUUUGCUUGUAAAUUUGGAAAUGUAGAUGUGGUCAAUGUGCUUUCUUCACAUCCUUUGAUUGCGAAAAACCCAAGGAAUAAAUAUGGUAAAACACCUGAAGAUGUAAUUUGUGAAAGAAGCAAAAGCCAGUCUGUAGAAUUAAAAGAGAAGAUUAGAGAAUGUUUAAAGGGUCACUACUAUGUGCCGCUUCUGAGAGCAGAAGACACUUCCUCACCUAUCAUUGGGGAGCUGUGGUCCUCAGACCAGACAGCUGAGGCCUCACAGGCCAGCUACUGUAGAGGUGGCCCCAAGGACUCUAUGCUGACUCUGAGGGCGUUUGUUGGACCCCUGAGUCCAUCCAAGGCCGAAGAUUUUCGCAAACUCUGGAAAACUCCACCUCGAGAGAAAGCAGGCUUCUUCCACAGUGUCAGGAAGUCUGAUGCGGAGCGGGGCACUGAGAGAGUAGGGAGGGAGCUAGCUCAUGAGCUGGGGUAUCCCUGGGUUGAAUACUGGGAAUUCCUGGGCUGUUUUGUUGAUCUGUCUUCCCAAGAGGGCCUGCGAAGACUAGAAGAAUAUCUUGCCCGUCAGGAAAUGGGCAGAAAGGUUCAACAAGAAACAAGAGAAAAUGAAGCCUGCCAUCAAGACAAAGCAUUCACUUCUGGUAGUGAGAAGAAGCAUAGCAAUUCUAUCUCUGUGGGGGCAUUUCUAGAUGAGGAAGACAACAUGAGCUUAGAAGAAAUGAAAAAUCAGCAGAACACAGCACGAAGUCAAAGCCAGCCCACAACUGAUGCUUUUGGGAACGUGGAGUGUGGUGCCCUUCCCCUGGGGCAGAAGGCAGACUGUGGAGAAGGCUCCGAAGGACAUCAUCCCCACAGUAGUGAAAAUGGGAUAGGUCAUUCUCUGAGUCAGAGGACCCCAAGCUGGAGAAGACAAGAGACCCCCCCUGGGGAGGCAGACCUUCUGCCACCUGUGUCUUCUUUGACUCUUCAGUUUGAUAAACUGAACUUGAAAAACCUAGGAGGUAGUCUUUCUGAGACAUCAAAUGGAAACAAGAAAACAAAAGAUAAGAAGGUCCUAACUUCAAAAAAAGAUGGAGAAGGAAAUGCUUUGCCAGCAAGUUCUGUUGCUGCAGACAGACUGGGAAACAGCCAAGUCAAGACUGACAGUAAGAUGCCAGCAGGAGCAGGUGAAAUGUCCCAGAGUCCCAGCAGCCCCAGAGCCCAGGCUGCCCUUGUACCUGGAUCCCUGUCCACUAGGAAACUCUUUCUUUUGGGAGAAGAGCCAUCAAAACUAGAUCGGGAUGUCUUGGCAGCGCUUGAGUGUGCAGAUGUUGACCCUGGCCUAUAUCCAGCAGUGCACAGGUGGAAGAGUGCAGUCCUAGGCUACUCACCCUCAGACAGACAGAGUUGGCCAAGCCCCGCAUUGAAAGGAAAGUUGAAGUCUCAACUGCCAGAUCUUGAUUUCCCUCACGGCUGCAGUUUGGGGCGAAGUGGUCCUGCUGGGAUCAGCCCUGGGAAACCUGGCCAUACCACGUCCUCUUCAAGCCUAGGAAGCCCUGGGCGUUACAGUCCUGCACAUGGGAGCCACCUACGAAGAAUGGCACACAUGGCCCAACUCGCAACCCUAUAGGGAUGGCACUUGCUGCGGGGGCUCACUUCCUUCUUCAUUUUUAAAGAAAGAAGGGUAAUGUUUAUUGGUAAAGUUUCACAAAAGAAUAUAUUCUGAAUAAUUUAUUCUUUCCAUGAGGCCAUAAGAAUUUUAGAGAAUGAAAAUGCAGAUGUACUAAGUCAAAUUUAAAUUUAAUACUUCUGAAAAAUAAAAGCAAACUCAAAAAAUGCAAAUACAAAUAUUCUCAAAAAUGUGGAUAUAGUAAUGAUGCAGACAUUUCAGAUAGGGAUUCCUAGGUUUGAAAUGGAGCAAAGGAGAUUGGGUGCGCUGGUACACACCUAUAAUCCCAGCAUUCAAGAGGAUGAGGAAGGAGGAUUUCAUGUUUGAGGCCACUAGCAUGAGUUAUAUAUACAUAAUGAGGCACACAACUAAUAAUCCCUAAUAAAAUGAAGCAGUGGUAAAAAGAUUGAGAAGUAAUAUGUAACCUCCCAGGCCUGAGCAGAUGCUCUGGAGGGAACUGGUAAUUGCUAUACUUGAAUGCACUUCCACUGUUUAUAACCCGAGGCAGGUUGUACACUAGCCUGGAGAGCAGCUUCCUAGUACACAGUAUCAAAACCAAUGUGUCUACCACCUGAUCCUAGUUGUUUUAACAGUAAGGAACAUGGAGUAAAUGGGCCUUGACUGUCUUAGACUUGUGCUCAGAAGAUAAAAGUAGCUUUCUCUUGGAAAAGAAAUGUCCUAGCCAGUGGGAGUCUUAAAAUAGCCUCAGAAAUCUCACCAGCAAUAAUCAAAAGGUCUUUCUCACCAGCACCUGAACUUUCUACUUAAUUGCCAGUGUGAUAAA